AUGACUGCAUCACAAGACAGUGGACGAGCAACAGGGGGCUUGGCAUCGUCGCUGAGCCCAGCGGAUGAUGUACCACCAAGUGCUAGUGUUGAGGAAAUGCAACCAGUUUAUGAAUUCGAAAUUCCCAACACACUGGUUGGAUUGAUCAUCGGUAUCAAAGGCAAAACAAUAAAGGAAUUGUCUUGCCGGAAUGAUGUGAAAAUGGUUAUAAGGCCACACCACACACCAUCAAAGAUCCCCACUCAUCAGAUUUGUACGGUGAGAGGACCACGUGAAAAUAUCAAUCGUUGCUUGCGAAUGAUGCGACAUCGUUUCCCGACAAAUCGUUUCCCAGAAUUGAAUUUAAGGCCCGUGCUGCCCUCACCUUUCCCGGAACCAUCGCCAACAACUUAUCCAACUAAACCAGUACAGGUACUGUUCACUUAUUUCUUGCAUCAGAAAGCAAAGAACCAUACAAUUGAUAUUUGA